AAAAUAUACAAGAUGUCAGCCAUUGAAAAAAUCCCAAUCUCAAGCAUUACUCACUCAUCAGAUAAUAAAUUUACAGCAUUCAAUAUCAAUAAUACAUUUUAUUUUUAUGACAAUGUUAACGAUAAAUUAAUUAAUUUAGAUAAAACCCAACAACAUACUGCUAUGGUUAGAUCAAUUGAAUUCAGCAAGGAUAAUAGAUUUGUUGUUACAUCAAGCUCAGAUAAAUUAAUCAAACUUUGGGAUACUACAGAUUUUAAAAACUAUAAAACAAUUAAUGUAAAUAAAAAAAUUAUUUGUGCAACUUUAAAUAAAGAUGAUAGCGAAAUUUUGGUAUCUGACAAAUGUGGUGAUGUUUUUAGAUUUUCUUUAGUUGAUGAUUCAAAGAAUGCUAUCGCUGUUGAAUCAAGUGACAAAUCAAAUAAACACGAUGACAGAGAAAAUGAUAAGAAUCUUGCAUUUGGCCAUUAUUCAUCAAUUGUCGAUAUUCAAUUCACCAAAUGUUUCAAUUAUUUAUUAUCAGCCGACAGAGACGAAAAAAUUAGAGUUAGCCAUUAUCCAAAUUGUUUCGAUAUUGAAAGAUUCUGUCUUUCUCAUUCUAAAUAUAUCACUAAGGUUUUAGUCUUUUCAAAUAAACCAGAAUUAAUGGUCAGCGGUUCAGGUGAUGGUACUAUCAAAUUAUGGGAUUGGAAGAGCGGUAAAUGUUUACAAACAGUCGAUUUCAACGAUAAACAAGCUGGUGCAAUUACUAUUCCACAAUGUUAUAACGCCUCAUCAAAUCAAUUGUUUGUAACUGUUGAAGAUACACCAAUCGUUUACGUUUUAACUUUAAAUGGAUUACAAUUCUCUACUGAUAUCAAAUCAGUUACUGUUGAAGGACCAGCCGUCGCUGUCGAUCUUGUCAAAGAAAACACUUUAUUAGUAUCAUUAUUCAAAACCGAAAAAGAAUCAAACCUCGUUAAUGCUAUCGACUUGGAAUCAUUACAAGUAGUUUCAAACGAUACUCCAUUAGUUAAAAAUAUCAACUCAAUCGAACAAUCAAUAAAUAGCUUUAAACCAGCCGAAUUAAAACAAAUCAUUGAAAAUAUCGAAAAAAAACAAUAUAGAAAACAUGUUUCAUAUAGCAAAAACCCAAAUGGUGGUAAUAAAAAAGGUGGCGAUGACGAAGAUCUCAGUUUAGAUGAAGAGGAUUUAGAAGAAAAUAAUAAUAAUAAUAACAAAAAAGAUAAUAGACCAUUAAAACUCAGAAAGAUGACUGUUGAAGGUGCAAAGGAAAUUAACGAAGAAUUAAAAGAAAAAAAA